AUGGACCAAACCGGGAAAACACUUAUCAUAGUUUUCUUUUCGCUAUUCGGUGCACUCGUCGUUAUUGCUUUGUUAUGUCGUCUCUUCUUCGGAGGACGCACCUGGGUUGGUUACGGUGGUGGUAGUGGUGGUGGUGGAGGUAUACUUCAUCAUCAUCAUCAUGGUGGAGGGACAGCUGCUUCGACCUUUGGAGGUGCUGGAGGCGAUUUUGGUGGUGGAGCCGUUGGAGGAGGAGGAGGUUGUGGUGGGGGCGGCGGUGGCGGUGGCGGUGGAGGCGGAGCUGAACGCACAUGGGUUGGAUUUGGUGGAGGUAGUGGAGCAACAGGUGGCGGAAUUUGGGCUGGUGGAGGUGGUGGAGUAGAUAAUGUUGACGGAGGAAAUUAUGAUGGUGGAGCGGAUUAUACCAUUGGAAUAGGAGGUUCCGGCGGUGGAGGCGAUUAUGGUGGCGGAGGGGGAGGAGGAGGUUUUGGUGGUGGAGGCGAUUAUGGUGGAGGAGGAGGAGGAGGAGGCAUUUGUACGUAG